GGCAGAAUUUGUUUGUAGUGGCGCUGGAAAGACAACAUUAUUAAAUGCUUUACUACAACGAAAUAUUAAAGGUUUAAAAAUCGAUGGUAUUGUCAAAGUUAAUGGUCAAAUAAUUGGUCGAAAAAUUACUAAGGUUUCUGCUUAUAUUCAGCAACAAAAUUUAUUUAUCAAUUCUUUAACAGUUUAUGAACAUUUGAAUUUACAAGCAGCUCUUCGGCUGCCAGCUUCUCUUACAAAACAUGAAAAAGAAUUACGCGUAAAACAAGUAAUUGCUGAAUUAGAAUUAGAACAUUGCAUUGAUUCACGUAUUGGUGUAUCAGGUAGAGAAAAAGGUAUCACAAGUGGUGAAGCGAAACGUUUAUCAUUUGCUACGGAAAUUUUAACAAAUCCAUCAUUACUAUUUGCUGAUGAACCAACAACUGGCAUUGAUUCAUUUAUGGCAUAUCAUAUUGUUAAGCUACUUGAACGGAUGGCAUCCGAAAAUGGUAAAACAGUUAUUUGUACAAUUCAUCAGCCAGCCUCUGAUACAUUUGAAUUAUUUGAUCGAGUAGUUUUCCUUGCUAAUGGAAAAAUUGCCUUUAUUGGUUAA